AUGGACGAGGUCGAGAAGGAGGUCGAGAGGUUCCGCUUCACCAAGACCAAGCCUGUCUACGAAAAAAGACGAGACCUGUUUGUCCACAUCCCCAGCUUCUGGUACAUUGUUCUGGCAGAGCACGAGGACUUCCAGGAGUACGUCCAGACGGACGACAUGAAGUAUCUGGAGUUUAUCAAGGAGAUCUAUGUCGAGUACCUUCUAGACGACGACCCUAUGAAAUUUAGCAUCACGUUUGGAUUCGAGGCUCCCGAGGGCAAGAUCGAGACGCAGACGGUCACGAAACGGUUUGAGAAAAUCCACGACGUCGAGACGGGCGAGGAGAAGCUGGUUUCGGAGGCCGUGGACAUCAAAUGGCCAGCAGAGCUCGCCAGCGUCAACCCGCACCUGAUCAGGGCCAAGGGAGAAAUGACGCCCGCCGACAAGAAGAAGUACCACACGGCGAGGACCUCGCAUUGCUGA